UCAAGAUAGGUGGAUAUAGAGCUGCUACAGGGCUGCACUUUGUCAAGAUUUGUGUGCUGCAGCUUAGGUAACAUCUUUUUGGAAAGAAAUCUUGCAUAAAGGAGUGGUCCUGAAUUAAAUACUUUGUUUGGUACCUAAUCUUGCUUUGUAAGCAAUCUUGAAUAAAAUCAUACUUUUUUGGUAGACGAUAAUCUCCGAACAUAUCAUGAUGAUUUCCUCUAUCUUCUUCAUAUUUUUUCUCAUUCUCUCCUCUUCCUAUGCGGCUGUCCAAGAUUUCUGUGUUGCAGACUAUACAACUCCUCCAAGCCCUACAGGAUACUCUUGCAAAAACCCCUCAGAUGUUAAUGUAGGCAAUUUCUGUGUUGUAGACUAUACAGCUCCUCCAAGCCCUGCAGGAUACUCUUGCAAAAACCCCUCAGAUGUUAAGGUAGACGAUUUUGUGUACUCUGGCCUAGGAGUUCCUGGUAACAGCUCAAAUAUAAACAAAUUUGGACUCAAAACUGCAUUUGUUGCUCAAUUUCCUGGUCUGAAUGGCCUUGGUAUUUCGCUGGCUCGUGGGGAUUUGGAGGUUGGUGGAGUUUCUCCGAUGCACUCUCACCGCGGAGCUUCAGAGACCAUACUUAUUGCGGAAGGCAAAGUUAUAUCUGGGUUCAUCGCCUCGGAUAACAAAGCUUAUGUAAAAACACUGAAGACAGGUGAUAUUAUGGUUUUACCUCAAGGUUUGCUUCACUUCCAAGUAAACGCAGGUGAUACUCCAGCCCUUAUAUUUGCUAGCUUCAAUAGUGACAACCCAGGUGUGCAGGUUUUGGAGACUGCACUGUUUCAAAAUGAUUUACGUACUGAAUUGAUAGCACAAACUACUCUCCUUGACACUGCUGAGAUUAAGAAACUUAAGGGUCUUCUUGGUGGUACUAAUUGAUGUAUAGUAAAGCCAACAGCAUGGAUAAUAUAUUGUAACCACAUAAUGUUACUGCUUUAUUCUGUAUUUUUAUUAUAUUCUUACUGCUUCAUUUAGUUGCAUCUUAUGUAUAAUGAUGGAAUAAAAUGAUUAGUCCAUCUAGCUAAUAAUUUGAUAGAACUUCUUUAUGUU